AUGUUACUCCUUCCCGUGUUUUCUCUCUCUCCCUUUCCCUCCUCCGUUUCGACUCGUUCUCUCCGAUUUUAUCCUCGUCGGAGGCAAUCAGCUCCCCGCCGCGCUGUCCAGUGCGCCGCCGCGGACUCCGGAGGCGACGAGUUUACCGCGAAGUCAGGAUACCUGUUCGAGCUGACCGCGACUGAGGCGGAUUCGCUGGCGGAGUACCGGAUUCCGAAAAUUGCGGCCAUUUAUUCGCGGAAGCCUCUGCUUGUGGCUCGCCGGUUGGUCCAGACCGGGCUCGCGUUCGGGAAGUGGUUUGGGCUUCGCUACAUCGACACUCUCUUGGACCGCUCCGAGUCAAUGUUUCAGGUUAGAGCGGCAGAGCUGAGGAAGAUAUUGGUUGAGCUUGGUCCCUGGAAUUUUUUGUUGGGUUUCAGUCUUGAUUUGAGUUGGAACAUUUAUGCUAUGCGUUGUGACACCUCAGCUGUCUUUUUUAAAAUGCAAUGGAAUCCACAUAAGUUUCCUUCAUCUCCUACUCCAUCCUCCUUGGCAUAUAUCAAAAUUGCCCAGGCUAUAUCUUCUCGUGCUGAUUUGAUACCACCAUCAUAUCUAGAUGAGCUUUCACUGCUACAAGAUCGAAUAAGUCCAUUUUCCUCUGAAGUUGCUUUUAGUAUGAUAGAAAAAGAACUUGGUUUAUCUUUGGUAGAACUAUUCUCAGAGAUUUCACCUGAGCCUGUAGCUGCGGCAUCCCUUGGGCAGGUUUAUCAAGCUAGGCUUCGCAAAACAGGACAGGUUGUUGCUGUCAAAGUGCAAAGACCAGGAGUUCAAGCAGCAAUUUCCCUUGACAUAUUAAUCUUGCGCUUUAUGGCAGGAUUGAUUCGGAGAGCUGGAAAACUUAAUACAGAUCUUCAGGUGAAGUUGUAUAUGUGA